CAUGUUGUGAGGGAACUUAAUAAAAUCGUCGAUAACUAUUGGAUGGGGCAGUAUAUUAGUUUCAGCAGCGCUCCAAAAGAAGUAAAGAAUUUGUGGUGGAAUGAGUUCAAGCGGAAGUUUAGGUGGGAUGAAAUUGAAGAGAAUGAAGUUAAAAGAAUUUUUAAGAAGAAAGCCGGUGAUCACAUGCGAAAUGUGAUGAAUAAAGCAAAGAGAAAGCAACGAAAGCCGGAUUUUAUUACAGCUGAUAAUUGGAUGGAAAUUACGAGAACUUGGGAAACUGAGAAGCAUAAGCAAAUAAGUAAACAGAAUAAGAAGAAUCGAGCUUCUAGUUCUAGUGAAGGGUCUGCGUCUGCCACAUAUGCUGGGGGCUCUAUCAACAUCGGGGAGCAUAGAAAAAGAAUGGCAGAUGAAUUGGGGACAGAACCGACGUUUACAGCUACAUUUGAACGUACAUUUCAGAAAAAAGACAAGACGUGGACUGGCGAUCGAGCAAAAGCUAUUAAGGAAAAAUAUGAUGAACUUUUAAUGAGCACUGCUAGUGGUGGUGAUGGUGGUGAUGGUGUUGCUGCGUCUGAGCCAUCGGUUGACAGCAUGGCAUUAUGGCUGGAGGCAUCGGGUGGGAUGAAAGGAGGAAAAAUAUUUGGGAUGGGAUCCUUGUCAAGGGCAUACACAACCAAGGGUGCUGCAACUUCAUCCUCCAAUGCGACUGUUUCAAGGAGGACACGACAUGAGGAGCAAAUGACCCAAGAAUUGAGCCAACUGAAAGAUUUACUUGUACAAAAGGACGAAGAAUUCAAACAUUUACUUGGACAAAAGGAUGAAGAAAUGAGAGCAGUGAAACAACAAAUGCAAUUGGUCUUGCGACACCUCAACCUCGAUCACGAUGAGGUUCCUCAUGUACAUCCCAAUAAUCCAAUAGGUGAUGGGCACAAUGAUGAGCCACACAAUGAUAAUGAGAUUGCUGAUGAUGAUGAUGAUGAUGAUGAAUUUAUUAGCAAUCCUUGCUAGUUCAGGAGCU